UUUCUAUAUACAAUUUUACAUAUACAAUUUUACAUUUACAAUUACACAUUAUUUAACAUUUUUAGAAUUUCUGUAUUCUGUUUUUACAACAAUGUUAUUUCGAUUUACCAACCCUUCAUAGUAAUUAUUUGUAUAUAUAUUGUUUUUGGUAUUUUGGUUAUUUCAAUGCAUGUGAUAUGUUAGGGUCGAAGAUUUGCAAGAGACGAAAAAAUUUUGGCGUUAUCAAUUUAUAAACAGUCACCUGCAUGCUAUCGCUUUCUGCGUAACAUUUUGGUCCUGCCCAGCGUUGUCAUUUAAAAAAAUUUACUACGAAAGAUGCAUUACAACCAGGAGUAAUACCUCUUAUAAGCAUUUAUCUAGAAAAAUAAAACAUCUGAGUUUUUAGACGAGAAACACUGCGUCUUGAUGUGGGAUGAAAUGGCAUUAUCUUCUUACGUCGACUACGAUGCCGAAAAUGAUUACAUAAUUGGAUUUGAAGAUUGGGGAACUGUUUCCAUUCGUACUUAUAAAUUUGCAGAUCAUGCACUGGUUUUCAUGAUUAAACGUCUGUUUGGCAACUGGAAACUGCCUCUAUCCUAUCAUUUCUGUGCAAGUCAAACAAAACAUCCACGUCUCACUUCGUGCAUUAAAGAAGUUCUUCAAGCCCUGAUACUGUGCGGAUUAAUAGUUGAUGUAACUGUAUGUGAUCAGGGAAGUUCUAAUUUAUUGGCUGUAAAAACUUUGAAACAGUUAACCCGAAAAGAUAUGAUUCGAAGCAACAGGAAAUAUGAUGAGAAUAUCAUAGAGAUAGGAGGCCAAAGAUUUGUCCAUAUUUAUGAUCCUUCGCACCUCUGUAAGGGCUUUAGAAACAAUCUCCUAACGAAGGAUUUAGUCACCACUGAUGCGAGUGGACAAGAGAUACAACGAGCACAAUGUGUCAAUGGACCGGCAGGUUCCAUUUCAAUUCCCAGAUUAGAAGGAAAUAGUACAGCUGAUGCGCUGGAAUUUAUGAAUGAUUUAUUUGAUUCUGUGAAUGGUCAAAAUCUUGGACGAGGAACGGACGAUCCUCCUUUACGGAGGUUAAUAACUGAUAUAAGUUCACAUCAUGCUUUCUGGGACGAAACGCUACAGAAACUUUGAUACAUGAAGUUUGUUGAUAAGAAAACUGGAAAAAAAUCUUACGUUGUCAAAACUAUAGAAAACUGGAAGAUAACGAUAUUAUCAUUCAAAGCGCUGUGGAACAAUUUGAAGAGCAAUGGAUUUACAAAAUUGAAAGGACGAUCUAUUAACCAGGAUCCGCUUGAAAACUUUUUUGGCCAAAUACGAUCUGUUGUACCCCUCGUUGGGAGUACGAUCGCUGCCAGAGAUCUCGCGAGGAAGGUAUUUAGUCACUCACACCGUUAUUCGUCUUGAACACUUUUAUUAUUUUGUUCAAAUAGAUCGCGAUCCCGCAAGACAGAGUGUCGCGUUUAUGAGUUUGUUGUCCACGACCCCGCAAGGCAGAGUGUCGUGGUUGCGUAUAUUACAAUGUGUUUGCCGGUGAUACACGACUCCGCAAAGCAGAGUGUCGUGUGUUAUCUUAAUUUGUCUACUUCGGAUUGACCCGUCCCUCACUUUCUUUCGCCGGUUUAUAUAUUCGAUAAUUCGGUAGUUGGGUCGAAAGAAGGGAAGGAUUACGUGAGGGCGUAAAUCAGUUAGUAUUCCAAAUUCUUGCUUAGACAGCAAGUGUCUAAGGAGCAUUGCGCUAAUUGUCGAACGGAUUGCGCGGAACCUCGCGCUCGAUGCUGACUGCUGCAGCUGACCGACUUACGUCAUCGUGCUACUGACACCUUUCUUAUCGUUAUGAGUGUGUCACUCGUAACAGGUCUUUGCGAUAUCAUGAUAUAAAACCUACAUGUAAACAUUUCGAGGCGGCGUACAAGACGCUCCUCAUAAAUAACUUAACGAGCAGACGAACAAUUGGCGCAAACUGUGAAGAUGACACUGACGGAAAAUUUCUUUUGGCGGACUUAGACGAUUUAAGUAACGAUUCAAAUACAAACAAUAAUUUUACACAGGUUGAAGUCAUUGACAUACCAGACAAACUGUUAGAUGAGACAAACAUACCUAUUACAGACAGCCAUACAAUAUCCUUUGCAAAAGGUGUCAUAAAAAAUCUGUCAAAUCGAUCGCAUAUCGCAGCGUGCGACAAUUAUUCGUCGUUUGUAACUAGUGCGACAAAUAGAAAUUACAUUACAUCCAUACAGACAAUUGUAAAUAAAUACAUUCACAAAGUCUGUCACCGACCAAAAUUAUUUACACUUUUCGAGCCGUACUUUCACAAUUUAAUGAAUCCAUUAUCUGAAAAUUACUCUGACCACAACACAUUACACGAGUUAAAACAUGUACUUAAAACUGUAAUUAAAGCAUGGUGUACGAAGGUGAAUAGGAUAUUGUGCGGAAAAAUUACAAACACAAAUUUAUUAAAUAAUUUUAUCUUACAAUCUGCCGCAAAACAGUAUAAAUCAAAUGC